AAAAAAAAGUAAAAAGUGUGUGUUUAAUUAAUUUUUUAUAUAUUGUCAAUUUGUUUUUGUAUUUUUGCUAAAACAAAAGUAUUGAGAACCUCUGCGAACUCCUUCACCUUCUACGAUAUACACGAAAUUCGUUUUAUAAAUGUGUGUGAGUGUAUGAUAUCAUGUAUGACGUCACCCUAUGGAUCAGUAUUCGUGGUACGGCUUGAGAAGCGCACGCACUUCAGUCAUUCACAGACGGUCAUCUAGCGAUCAUUUACCUUUGAGGUCUCAUCAUAAUAAACAAUCAUGUCUCAUUCUGUAAUAAUUAGAACGCAAACAGUGACGACCAACUCAACUGCGAUUGUUAUUAAUACAGGAUAUAUAAAAACUUGGAGUGGAAUUUUAAAAUUUUUACAACUCGCUUUGGGAAUCGUUUGCGUAGGCAUUGCCGGUGACCAAUUUAAACCGAGAUAUUAUCAUACAACCACGGAUAUAUUCUUCCUUUUAAUAGUAACAACGUUUAUGAUAGGAACUUUUAUUUUGUUACUAAGCUGCUUGUCUUCCCUUUCUACCGCAUCUAUAAUAUCGAAAACGAUAUACGAACUAUUUUAUCAUUCAAUAGCAUUUGGACUUGUCCUUUCUGCAUCCUUGACAUUACUGGUACAAGUAAAUAAAAAUAAUUCCAGAGAAUACGAAUUGCUGUUAGGUGCUUCUAUUUGCGGUCUCGUAAAUUCAGCGCUGUAUUUGCUUAGUACAAUAAUAGCACUUCGUACGUACAGGGGUAUUUAAGUGCUAUUGACCUAAUGGCUCCAGUUAUGAACAAAACGAUGGAAACUAACUUAUAUUUAUAAUGCUUCAAAUUAAUUUAAUUGGAAUAUAUAUAUAUAUAUAUAUAUAUAUAUAUAUAUAUUUAAAUAUAUAUAUUUAUAUACAUUACAUAUAUUAGUUAUAUAGGUAUAUAUAUAUAUAAAUGAUUCAACUGCCAAAUAACUUUGAAAUAAUACUCCUUUGGCGGUUUAGAUUUGUGUAAGUAACAUCAGAACUAAUGUAGUACUUAUUUAUUAUUUUUUGAUAACGUAUUACAUAAAUAUUUAUAAUGUUUUUAUAGAAAUCAAGUUCAUACCGUAGUAAC